AUCUCGUCGACUUUCGUUGGCCAAUUCAAGAGAUUUAUGUGCAGUCGUCAGACUUUGCAGAACCCAGGCCGAUAGGGACGCCUAUCAUCCGUAUGCACACUACGCAUAUGAUUAUAUGAAGUGUCUUGUACGCGCAUUUGCACAAUAUGCCGGUCCCAUCCCUUCCGGACGAAAUUAUUCUCCAGAUCCUACUGUUCUUGCAGCCAUACUACGUUAUCUCAGAAGAAAUAGCUUCGUCAACGCCGUGGAAUGAAGGGACUUGUACUGGCUCUUGCGAGCUUUGGAGAACUGUCCCUGGCCACUCCCAUCUAACGCAUAACUGGAAAUCGGUUCGUCGUGCGCCGGGACGUUACCACCCAGUUAUUGUCGUCAACCAUGUCCCGGGGCGCUAUCACCGACGAGCGGCCAUCCUGGACGCAGGCGACAUCUCACGCCAAUGGCGUCGUGCUUCGUACCUACAUCCAUUCUGGACGGAUUUGGCUUGGCAUCGGCUACUCGACAUGCCACUGCAACCACCGGUCGAUUACGCAGAUCGUUUCUUCAAAAACAUGGCGGCUGAUAUGGCCAGAUGUGCUCGGAUCAGAACGGUUUGGCUGGAUCUGGCGUCUUGGGGAUGCUCAAUCAGUAUCGGCACCUUGCUUCACAUUCUAGAAAAGAUCCCCAGGCCGGAGCGUGUGCAUACCUUUGUUUUGGAAAUGGAUUGGGCAACGUCAGGCGAUGACCGCCUCAUUCGCACGUUGGCUCGUCGGUUUAAACACCUUCGCCGCGUCCAUAUCGGGGGUCGGCCAUCCGAUGAUGUUUUUCACGGUCUCUCUAGUGCUGCUUUGAAGCACUUGGCAAGUCAUUGGCAGGAAGGAUCUCUGACUCAUUUGAGCUUAGCCGGGUAUGGUCCAGGUGGAAAUUUCUCUUGGAAGGCAUUUUCGAGGCUUCUCGGUAAACAGCGGAAUGUACGGCAUUUGGCAAUAGGAUAUGUGAGGGGCGGCAUCAACUUUGAGGAAUUGUCGGAGCUUCUUCCUGGCUUGAAAGAGCUCUGCAUAAACUUCACCUCUCGGACUGAUAUGAACAACCAGACAAUUCAAGAACCGAGCUUUUGUAAUUUACCCAAUAUUGGUGCCCUGAAAGAGUUGCGAUCGUUGACUCUUCAGUGCUUACCUGGGCAUGACUUCUCUGUGGCCGGGAUUCACCUGCUACUUCAAUGUAUAGCAGAAGAAGCGUGUAAGGGAGUCAAUGAAAAGGGUUUACGGGAACUGCGUCUUCCACGCCGGUAUCAACGAGCACGCUACGUGGCGGAGCAAUUGAAAAGGUUUGAAUGCCUUCUGGCGAUCCGGACUGGUAAAGUGGAAUACAGCACAUUGGAAGCCUUAGCCACAAUAAACACGCUGCAAAAGCUGUGGGUACCAGUACCCGGUAUGCAAGUGGACUGGUUGAGAGAAAAGGUCGGAAUCCUUCUGCCAAGAGUCACACUUGAACUCGAGACUGUAUAAUGCGCGGAGUAUAUUUAAAGGAUAGUAGGCGUCCUAGAUGACAUUCUAUUAAAGACUAAAUAUUAAUGUGAAUGACCAUUGCCUCCAAUUUGCGGGGUAUGAUCAUGUCCGCCAAACCAUUCGUUUACAGCUUCCAGCGCUGCAAAGCAGACAAACAUGCCGGCGAAAAAUGACACCGUAGCGAUGCCUUUCCCCGCAUAUUUGAUCGCGG